AGAUGGCGGAGGCGGCUGUGGCGGGAACUCCAUUUCCCAGCAGCCCCCGCGCGGGCCGGGGCCGGGGUCGGGCCACUGGUUGCGCACGGCACGGCGGGGGGGGGGCGUGGCUCGGCGCGCGGCGCGGCCCAGUCGUUGCGCCGCGGCGGCGGCGGCGGCGGGGGCGGGCGGGCGUGAGGCGGUGGGAGGCCGAAGCGGGGCCCGGCCCUGCCCGGCCCUGCCCUGCCCGGCCCUGCCCCGCCGCGGCGAGGCUUCCCCGGUGCCGCUACCGGCAGGGCCAUCAGCAUGGCGGGAGCAACGCCCCCAACGCCCCCAUCUGUCUCCCGCACCGGGGCUCCAGAUCAGCCCUACGCCUGCCGGGAAUGCGGGAAGGCGUUCCGCUGGUCCUCCCGCCUGGCUCACCACCAACGCAGCCACACGGGCGAACGCCCCUACAAAUGCCCCGAGUGCCCCAAAGCCUUCAAGGGCUCCUCCGCCCUCCUCUACCACCAGCGAGGCCACACGGGUGAGCGCCCCUACGCCUGCCCCCAAUGCGGCAAAGCCUUCAAACGCUCCUCGCUGCUCCAGACCCACCAGCGUGUCCACACGGGGCUCCGCGCCUUCGAGUGCGCCCAGUGUGGCCUCACCUUCAAGUGGGCGUCCCACUACCAGUACCACCUGCGGCAACACACCGGCGAGCGUCCCUACCGCUGCCCCGCAUGCCCCAAAGCCUUCAAGAACUCUUCCAGCCUCCGCCGGCACCGGCACACCCACACAGGUGAGCGCCCGCACGCCUGCCCCAUCUGCGGCAAGGCCUUCGCCCAAGCAACCAACCUGCGGCAGCACCAGCGGGUGCACACGGGCGAGCGCCCCUACGCCUGCCCCCAGUGCGGCAAGACCUUCACCCACUCCUCCAACCUCCUCCUGCACCGCCGCACCCAUGCGGCCACCCGGCCCCACCAGUGCCCCAGCUGCGCCAAAGCCUUUGUCUCUGACGCCUGCCUCCAGAAACACCUGCAGAGCCAUGCUGCCAUGCCCCCGCUCCUCCCAGCGCCCACCACGACACCGGACACCCUCUGGAGAUGCUCCGCUUGCCCCUCCAGCGCCACCAGCGAGGAGGAGCUGUUGGGCCACCAAGACGGCCACUCGGGGACCCCCCCGGCCGCCCCCCACCAUUGCCCUACCUGCGGCAAGACCUUCAAGAACAGCUCAGGGUUGGCGCGGCACCGGCACGGCCACGCUGCCGAGCGCCCCUUCAAGUGCACCCUCUGCCCCAAAACCUUCACCCAGUUGGCUGGACUCUUGACUCACCAACGCAGCCACCCCACUGCCGGCCCACCCUGUGUGUCCCUCGAAGCUCCUAAUCCCCCCGUGGCCGUCCCGGAGCACCCACGGGUGCCCCCCGAGGUUCCUCAUCCCCCCGUGGCACCUCAGUCCGCCACCCCGGAGCGUCCUUACCAAUGCACCGAGUGCGGCAAAGCCUUCAAAGGCUCCUCGGGGUUGCGGUACCACAUGCGGGACCACACGGGUGAGCGCCCCUAUGCGUGCCGCGAGUGCGGCAAGGCCUUCAAACGCUCCUCGCUGCUCCAGACCCACCAGCGUGUCCACACGGGGCUCCGCGCCUUCGAGUGCGCCCAGUGUGGCCUCACCUUCAAGUGGGGCGUCCACUACCAGUACCACCUGCGGCAACACACCGACGAGCGUCCCUACCGCUGCCCUGACUGCCCCAAAGCCUUCAAGAACACCUCCAGCCUCCGCCGGCACCGCCAGCUGCACACGGGCGAGCGCCCGCACGCCUGCCCCAUCUGCGGCAAGGCCUUCGCCCAAACCUCCAACCUGCGGCAGCACCAGCGGGUGCACACAGGCGAGCGCCCCUACGCCUGCCCCCAGUGCGGCAAGGCCUUCACCCACUCCUCCAACCUCCAGCUCCACCGCCGCACCCACUCGGCCGCCCGCCCAUAUCGCUGCCCCCUCUGCGCCAAAGCCUUCGUCAUGGCCUCCUACCUCCAGCGCCACCUCCGUACCCACGCCCCCGGCCCCC